AUGCAAUCGAACAACAUUACAACCCUCCCCAUCGAACUCCGCAUCAAGAUCCUCCAUCACCUGCCAUCGCCUCCUUCCCUUCUCUCUGCCAUAACUUCCACUCGUUCAAUUCAUACAGCAUACGCCGAAUCCCGUAUUUCAAUAGCUACUGCCAUUCUCCAAAAUUCAACAUCUGAAUCUUCAGUAUACUGCAACUUCCUGACCUAUGCCCUCAUCGUCUUCCACCAAAAAAACUACGUCACCCUAGAAAGGUUACAUAAAUACCUGCGAUCCUACCUAUCAUUUGCCAACCCCGAUGGCAAUAUUCAAGGAGGGAGAUUCGAAGAUGUAGUCCCUUGGGAAAUCUGCCCGCCUCCUAAUUUCUACAGCUUGAGAAGCAAAGUCUACCGCAGUAUCUUCCUCUGGGCCACCAAAUUCUGCACUUCAAAGCUCCAUGAAAGCUCUCAAACCCACCCGGUGGCUCCACCUACACCUCUAGAAAUUGCUAGAGUAGCAAGGGCGUUGUAUCAAUACUUUAUCUACACCAUCAUAUCAGCGGAUAUAUUCUUCCAGAGUAACGAUGUGGAUACUAUGGGAAGACCAAUGACGGGAAAACCAGGUAUUGAGAGCAUGGGUGCCUUUGUAGAAAGUAUGGGGUAUAGGGAUCGAAAAGUUGUCGAUUGGUUUCUAAGGGAGUGGCUGGUGGAGGUUGUUGGCGAAGUUGUGAGGAAGUGCUUGAAGGAUGAGGAGAACCCCGUCAGAAGAGAAACAGGGCAUUGGGAUGUUAGUUUUCUAACUUUGGGUUUUUGGGACUGGGCAGAACAUAAAGUAAAUGAAGCGACACAGGCUCUGAUUGCUAGACUCGGUCCAAUUCAGCUCUGGAAAUUUGUGUUUGGUUCGACCUAUGAAGAGCAGUUUAAGAUCUAUUGCCAGGCUCCUGCAGCUUUAGAUAGGGGAUCCUUUUUGCCCUGGGAAAUACUACAGGAUGAGAGGAAAGAAGUCGAGUCUUACGAUCCUAAAAUGAGGAUUUGUACUGGCUUGACGGAAAUUGGAGGGGAUAAAAUAUAUGAAUGGUGGAGGAAGGAUGGAGGCGUUAUGAAAGAAGGGAUCUUGUGGGAUGAGAGGAGAUUGAAGGCCAUGGGCUUGCAGUGGCCAAUGGUGAAAGAAGGUGUAAAGGUUCGAUGGUACAAGAAAGAUACCAAAUGGAAGAACAGAGAGCUCGCAAUGGGUGAGUGCGACGACGAUUAUUGGUAG